AUGGCAUCGUCGCCGACGAGAGCGCCGUGCGCCGCCUGCAAGUAUCUCCGCCGGAAGUGCGUCCCCACCUGCGUCUUCGCCCCCUACUUCCCGCAGGACAGGCCCGGCAGGUUCACCUGCGUCCACCGCAUUUUCGGCGCAAGCAACGUUUCCAAGAUCCUCAAUGACCUCGACCCCGUCCACCACCGGCGGGCCGCCGACUCCCUCGUUUACGAGGCGCAGCUUCGCCUUCAUGAUCCCGUCUACGGCUGCGUCUGGCUCAUGGCCCUCCUCCAGGAAAUCCUCCAGGACGUGAAUCAGAGGAUCCAUGGCGCCAAGACCAAGCUCACCGCCUUGACCCAGUACGGUUCAACGCGCAACGCCGCCAUGAAUGUCGCCAACCCCUUCUUCGAUCAGAAUCUUGCCGGACACUUCCGGGCCGCCGCCGCCCCACCGCGGCAGCCGACCGACAUUAUAAGGAACGGCAGGGCAUCCUCUGCGUCGGCCUACGCACCGCAGAUCGUAGAGGCGCAUCAGCGGUGGAACUUUCUCCCCGGAUUGGAUACGCAGCGGGAGAAUCAGGCGCUCCACCCCAUGGGGAACGGCGGCGGCGGCGGCGGGUCCUCCGACGCCGCCGCCGCUUCAUUCUCCAACCACCUGGUGGUGCAACACCCCCCCCUGCAGAUCAUGAACGCACAGAAGCAGCGGGAGCCGCUCGGCGUUACCGCUUCAUCCUCUGACCACCUGCCGGUGCAACAAACGUCCCAGCAUGUCACGGAGGUCCAGCGACAAGUGACCUUUCUCCACCGACUUGAUCCGCGCAAGCGGUGGGAGGUGCUCGCCGGUGGGGCAACAGGCCCCGCCGCGCCAUCUCCCAGCCACCGGGUGCAGCAAACACCGCAGCAGGUUAUCGAGGCGAAGCGCAUCACGGUGACGCAGUGGCAGCGGGAGGCGCUCGCCCCCGUGAUGUACGGCGGGGGGGCCGCCGACGCCGCCGCCGCGCCAUCCUCAAGCCAGCGGAUACAGCAGACCAUGGAGGCGCAGCAGCAGCAGCAGCAUGA